CGCAGCAGAUGCUGGUAAAUCACAUACGCAAACUCCUCUAGGCGAAGAUGUCCCGCCUCAAACCCUCCAAUGUCACCAUCAUCCACCCAGACCUGGGAAUCGGCGGCGCGGAGCGGCUAAUCAUCGACGUGGCGCUGGCGCUGCAGUCCCGCGGCCACAAAGUCACCAUCUACACCUCCCACCGCGACAAAUCGCACUGCUUCGAGGAAGCGCGCGACGGCACGCUCGACGUGCGCGUGCGCGGCAACUCUCUCUUCCCCGCGCAUGUCGCCGGCCGCCUACACGUCCUCAUGGCCGUUCUGCGGCAGUUGCAUCUGACCGUCUCGGUGUUGAGGGAGAUUGCGGCAACUGAAGAACAAGACGACAUCUUCAUCGUCGACCAGGUCCCCGCUUGCGUGCCGUUCUUGAAAACGCUGGGCCCGCGCGCGGCGCGCAGCAGUCGCAAUCACCAGCGCAUCCUCUUCUACUGCCAUUUCCCUGACCAGUUGCUUGCGCGCCGAAAUGAGGGCGGGGAGGUGCUGCGGCUUGUGAAGACACUCUAUCGGUAUCCGUUUGAUUGGUUUGAGGGGUGGGCGAUGAGCGCGUCGGAUAAGGUCGUUGCCAACUCGAAGUUCACGCGCGGGGUCGUGAGCGAGGUCUUUGGGAAGGAGAAGCUGGGGGAUGUGCGGAUUGUCUAUCCGUGCGUCGAUACCAAGGCUGGGGCGCCGGUUGGAGCUGAUGAGGGUCCGUUGUGGGGGAGGAAGAAGGAUUUGACGUUGGCGAUUCGUGCGUAUCAUGGUCUUGGGGAGGAGAAGCGGAGGGGACGCGGCGGUUACGACAAUCGGGUCCAGGAAAAUGUCCAAUACCAUCGAGAACUAGACCAGCUCGCCACGAGUUUGGGAUUACAGACCGCGACCUCAAAAACGGUCAUCUCCGCCCUGUCUAUCCCUGACUCCGUCGAGGUCCUUUUCUUGCUCUCUAUACCAACUGCUUUCCGGGAUACACUCCUCUCGCAGGCAAAACUGCUUCUCUACACUCCCAUCAACGAACACUUUGGUAUUGUCCCCGUCGAAGCCAUGCGCGCCGGGAUCCCCGUUCUAGCAUCGAAUACAGGCGGGCCGUUGGAAACUAUCGUGGAAGGCGAAACGGGCUGGCUGCGGGACGCAACGGUCGUCGCGGAUUGGACUGCGGUCAUGGACCGGGUUCUCUACAAGAUGAACCAGAAGGACUUGGACCGCAUGUCGGCCGCGAGCAGGGCGAGAGUAGAGAAGGAGUUCUCGUUGACUGCAAUGGGUGACAGGCUCGAGGAGGAGAUUGCGGACAUGCUCAACAAGGAAAGACGACCGUUCAGUGGGUUUCACCAGCUAAUUUUCGUCUUUGCCGUGUUGGGCAUUGUAUCUUCUAUUCUUGGCGUGUGGGUUGUGAAAAUGACUUAGAUUUGUAUAAUACCCCUUCUCUGCUUGUUUGUAUUUAGCAAUCUUACUCGUACUCUAAAACACACAUUAAUGGUU